CACAGUUUAUUCCCCAGAUAUGCCUUCACGGCUUCCAAUCCAAGACAUCUUUGCUGGACUGGUUACGAGUAUUGGCACAGCAAUACGAUACUGGUUUCAUUAUACACUUGUGGCCUUUGCGUGGUUGGGAGUAGUACCUCUUACUGCAUGUCGUAUCUACAAGUGCUUGUUUACUGGCUCUGUGAGCUCACUACUGACACUGCCAUUAGAUAUUCUGUCAACGGAGAACUUACUAGCUGACUGUUUGCAGGGCUGUUUUGUGGUAACAUGCACUCUGUGUGCAUUUAUCAGCCUUGUUUGGUUACGUGAACAGAUUGUUCAUGGAGGAGCACCACAGUGGUUGGAACAAAAUCAGCAACAGCCAAUCAACGGUGUUGGUCCACAAAAUGAGGCUCAGGCUGUUGUAAAUGGAGGCGUUGAAAACGCUGUUCUUGAUCAACCUGCUAAUGCAGCUGCUGAGAAUGUAGUUGUAGGUGAGAACCCUGAAAUUCAAGAAGAACAAGUAGAUGAAGAGGAGGAAGAUAAUGAAGAUGAAGAAGAUGCUGUAGUAGAAGAUGCAGCAGAUGCAAACAAUGGAGCACAAGAUGACAUGAACUGGAAUGCUUUGGAAUGGGAUCGAGCAGCAGAAGAGCUUACUUGGGAGCGAAUGCUUGGACUUGACGGAUCUCUGGUUUUUUUAGAACAUGUCUUUUGGGUUGUAUCUUUAAAUACGUUGUUCAUACUUGUGUUUGCAUUUUGUCCGUACCACAUUGGUCACUUCUCCAUUGUUGGCCUGGGCUUUGAGGAAUAUGUGCAAGCAUCUCACUUUGAAGGCCUAAUUACAACUAUAGUUGGAUAUGUUCUGCUAGCAGUGACCCUAAUUGUUUGUCAUGGUUUGGCAGCACUUGUUAAGUUCCAGCGAUCACGUCGUUUAUUAGGUGUUUGCUAUAUUGUUGUCAAGGUUUCCUUGUUAGUAGUGGUUGAAAUUGGUGUAUUUCCUCUCAUCUGUGGCUGGUGGCUGGAUAUAUGCUCUUUGGAGAUGUUUGAUGCCACUUUGAAAGACAGAGAAUUGAGCUUUCAGUCUGCCCCAGGUACCACAAUGUUCCUGCAUUGGUUGGUUGGAAUGGUUUAUGUCUUUUAUUUUGCAUCCUUCAUUCUUUUACUGAGAGAGGUAUUGAGACCUGGUGUCUUAUGGUUUCUCAGGAAUUUGAAUGAUCCAGACUUUAAUCCUGUACAGGAAAUGAUUCACUUGCCCAUUUAUAGACAUCUCAGGAGGUUUAUCUUAUCAGUGAUUGUCUUUGGAUCAAUUGUACUGCUCAUGCUCUGGCUUCCUAUACGCAUUAUUAAGUAUCUCCUGCCUAACUUUCUUCCAUAUAAUGUUAUGCUCUACAGUGAUGCUCCAGUAAGUGAACUUUCCCUAGAGCUCCUUUUGCUUCAGGUGGUGCUUCCAGCUUUGCUAGAACAAGGACAUACUAGACAGUGGUUGAAAGGUCUUGUACGAGCAUGGACUGUAACUGCUGGCUACUUGCUGGAUCUCCAUUCUUACCUACUUGGUGACCAGGAAGACAAUGAAAACAAUGCAAACCAGCAGCCUAACAACCAGCAUGCUCGCAAUAAUAAUGCCAUUCCAGUCGUGGGAGAAGGUCUUCACGCAGCCCAUCAAGCCAUACUUCAGCAAGGAGGACCUGUGGGUUUCCAGCCUUAUCGUAGGCCUUUAAAAUUCCCGCUCAGGAUAUUUCUUUUGAUUGUUUUCAUGUGUAUAACAUUACUGAUUGCUAGUCUUAUCUGCCUUACCUUACCAGUGUUUGUGUUUUCAGUAUUUGCUGGCCGAUGGUUAAUGUCAUUUUGGACGGGGACUGCCAAAAUCCAUGAACUGUACACAGCUGCUUGUGGUCUUUAUGUCUGUUGGCUAACUAUCCGAGCAGUGACAGUGCUGGUUGCCUGGAUGCCACAGGGCCGUAGAGUGAUUUUUCAGAAAGUCAAAGAAUGGUCUCUUAUGAUAAUGAAGACAUUAAUAGUGGCUAUACUGCUAGCUGGUGUGGUUCCACUUUUGCUCGGUCUUCUGUUUGAACUGGUCAUCGUUGCACCUUUGAGAGUUCCUUUGGAUCAAACACCUCUCUUCUAUCCUUGGCAGGACUGGGCUCUUGGAGUUCUGCAUGCCAAAAUAAUUGCUGCCAUAACACUGAUGGGUCCCCAGUGGUGGCUGAAAACUGUUAUUGAACAGGUAUAUGCAAAUGGGAUUCGUAACAUUGAUUUACACUUCAUAAUCCGUAAACUGGCAGCACCCGUAAUCUCUGUUCUGUUACUUUCCCUGUGUGUACCGUACAUCAUAGCUUCUGGUGUUGUACCUUUAUUAGGAGUUACCGCUGAAAUGCAAAACCUAGUUCAGCGACGGAUUUAUCCUUUUCUGCUUAUGGUGGUGGUUUUGAUGGGAAUUCUCUCCUUCCAAGUUCGCCAGUUCAAGCGCCUUUAUGAACAUAUUAAAAAUGACAAGUACCUUGUUGGGCAACGACUUGUGAAUUACGAACGAAAGUCUGGUAAACAAGGCACAUCAACAACUCCACCUCAGUCUUCACAAGAAUAGAUGGUCAUAUUAAACAUCUUGACCUUCCCUUUGCCUUUACAUGUCCUUUUUUUCAUAGACUUUUCUUCAGUCUUUGGAUAUCUCUCCCAAUAAUACUCUUGGCAGUAUUUUGGCUUCUCUUACUAGCAUCCAGAUAGCAGUUAAGGCCCUGUUCCUUAUCUGCAUUUUCUGAUGUUAUCAAUGCUGUCUGAGGUCUGUAUAUGUGUAAAUAGAAGUAUCCUGACACCCUAAAACCUUGGAUUAAAAAGAAUGUGCAUUGUACAUCUUUAAAAAAGUAUAUUAAUUUAUUAAAUCUAGUUGUCACUUUAUUUUGGACUGCUGUUCUGUUGACAAUGUGCCACAAAGCAAUAGCGCGAAGAGGCAGGAUGUUUUUAUAAAAUUGGGAGCUUACUUUAUGGUGUUCAUAACAGUUCUUAUUGUAGUAAUAUAGUAUGAUUUUUCAUGAGUGGAAAGGCCACACAGAGAAUAUCAAAAGUAAAUAACUGUCUUACAGUCAGCAAUGAAGUGGCUGUGGUGAGAACAUAAUGAACUAUGUAUCUUGCUGUCAAGUCUUUUUUAUUAUUUUGUAUAACACCAAAGCUGUUGUACAUUUUUCUAUUGCCUGAUUGUUUUUCAUGUGUC